AUGACAACCUGUGGAAGCAACAAGGCGGCUGUCAAAUUCGAAAGAUUGCCAACAUUUGCUGAACCAACUCAUUAUAACAUCAAAUUGGUUCCGAAUUUCGAGCAAUUUACAUUUGAUGGAAAUGUUGAUAUUAAUGUGACUAUCAAAGAAGCAACAGAUAUUCUCAAACUUCAUUCACAAUCUUUGAAUAUUCGAAAUGUUGCAAUAACUCUUGCUGAUGGAACCAGUUAGUUUUAUCCACCAACAAUUCAAAAAUAUAUCUUAAAUUGUUUUUUUUUUCAGAAUCUGCAAAUUUGGGAACAUCUUAUGAUGAUAAACUUAAUAUUCUAACUAUCAAUUUGCCAUCAAAAAUUGCUCCACAAAAUGCUGUUUUGAACUUCGAAUAUGUUGGAGAAUUGAAUGAUAAAAUGCGUGGAUUCUAUAGAAGUAGUUAUAAAGAUGCAUCUGGAACUGAAAAAUUCCUUGCUUCAACACAAUUCGAAUCAACUUAUGCUCGUCUCGCUUUUCCAUGUUGGGAUGAACCAAUUUAUAAAGCAACUUUCGAUGUUGUUCUUGAAGUUGCUCCAGGAUUGACUGCUUUGUCAAAUAUGAAUGCAGUUUCAACUACAACAACUUCUGAUGGAAAAAGACAAGCUGUUAAAUUCGCAACUUCACCAAAAAUGUCAUCUUAUUUGGUAGCUUUUGCUGUUGGAGAACUUGAAUAUAUCAGUGUAAGUGUUUAAAGAUUAAUUAUCCAUUCAAAAAUUAUCAAUUUACAGGCCCAAACCAAAAGUGGCGUCGAAAUGCGUGUUUACACUGUUCCUGGAAAAAAAGAACAAGGUCGAUUCAGUCUUGAUUUAUCUGUCAAAGCUAUUGAUUGGUACAAUGAAUGGUUCGAUAUUCCAUAUCCAUUGCCAAAAUGCGAUUUGAUUGCUAUCCCAGAUUUUAGUAUGGGAGCUAUGGAAAAUUGGGGAUUGGUCACAUAUCGUGAAAUCGCAUUGCUCGUUGAUCCAGGAGUCACCUCAACUCGCCAAAAAUCGACAGUGGCGCUCACUGUUGCUCAUGAGCUCGCUCACAUGUGGUUUGGAAAUUUGGUCACAAUGGUGAGAACUAUUUUUUAAUUCAGGUUUCAAUUCAGGAAGACCGGCGGAAGCCGGUCGUUUCAUUCUUGUAGAAUUCUUUCAUUCUCUUUGUGGGCUUGAUUCCCGCUCAAAAAAUUUUUCCCUAUCGAGUAAGAAAUAUUUUUGGAAAUGUGCUUCGUUUCUUUCGAAAAAUGAAAUGAGCAAUUGAUGACCCCAUCUCAAUCAGUGUGAAAUGAGAAUCGAUUCAUCGAUAAAUUUUUAGUCAUCGAUAAAUUUUUCGAAAAAAAACUCAUUUAAUAUUUUUUUCGUAUUGAUUGUACUCGAAAGAUGUUAAGAAUAAGAAUUACAAUUGAAUUCAUUGAAAAUUUCGAGUUUUUUGAUAAAAAAAUGACUCGUGGCAAAAUUAGGAAGGCUUCCUAAUUUUGCCAUGGAUGAAGUCAUCGAUAAAUUUUUCGAAAAAAAAAACCUUUUUAUUAUUUUUUUCGUAUUGAUUGUAGUCGAAAGAUGUUAAGAAUAAGAAUUACAAUUGAAUUCAUUGAAAAUUUCGAGUUUUUUGAUCAAAAAAUGACUCGUGGCAAAAUUAGGAAGGCUUCCUAAUUUUGCCAUAGAUGAAAUAACAAAUAUUUUCUUUUGGGGCCAAAAUUCAUGAUUUUAGUCUGAAAUUAAUAUAGAAGGCUUGCAUAUUAGAAAAUUAUGAAUGAUUCGAAACAUCUGGACAGUGUUAAAACUGAUUGCCAAAAAUUAUGAAAAUGUAUGAUAUAUUACUGUAGAAUACGGAAAUAGAGCACGCAGCCGUAUGCUGGGUAGCAACAAGAAUGUAGAUUCAUUCUUGUAAAAUAUUAUCUCGUCUGUUUUUUUUGUAGAAAUGGUGGACAGAUUUGUGGCUCAAGGAAGGAUUCGCUUCGUUUAUGGAAUAUUCUUUUGUUGGUGCCAAUUAUCCAGAAUUCAAAAUCUGGCUUCAUUUUGUGAAUGAUGAAUUGGCUUCUGGAAUGUCACUCGAUGCUUUGAGAAAUUCGCAUCCAAUCGAAGUUGAAAUCGAUAAUCCAAAUGAGCUUGAUGAAAUCUAUGAUUCAAUCACUUAUGCUAAAUCAAAUUCAGUCAAUCGAAUGCUUUGUUAUUAUUUAUCCGAACCAGUUUUUCAAAAAGGACUUCGUCUUUAUUUGAAGAAGUUCCAAUAUUCAAAUGCUGUUACACAAGAUUUAUGGACAGCUUUGAGUGAAGCAUCGGGACAAAAUGUGAAUGAUUUAAUGUCUGGAUGGACACAACAAAUGGGUUUUCCAGUUGUAAAAGUAUCACAAAAACAAGAUGGAAAUAAUCGAGUAUUGAAAUUGGAACAAAGAAGAUUUAUAAGUGAUGGAGGUGAAGAUAAUGCAAAUAGUUUGUGGCAAGUUCCAAUUACUGUAUCUGUUGGAAGUAAUCCAAAUGAUGUGAAAGCAAGAUUUGUAUUGAAACAAAAAUCACAAGAAUUUGUUGUUGAAAAUGUUGCACCAGGAGAAUGGUUGAAAUUAAAUGCUGGAACAACUGGAUUUUAUCGAGUAGAAUAUUCAGAAGAAAUGUUGAAAGAUAUGUUACCAGCUAUUGCUAGUAGACAAAUGCCAGUUCUUGAUAGAUUUGGAUUAAUUAAUGAUUUAUCUGCUUUGCUCAAUUCAGGACGGGUUAAUAUUGAUCAAUUCGUAAAUGUUGCUGCUUCUUCAGUUUUUGAAGAUGAAUAUGUUGUUUGGGGAGCAAUUGAUGAAGGAUUGGCUAAAUUCUUAUCAUCUUCAAGACAUAUUUCAGCUGAAACUAGUGAAAGAGCAAAGAAACUUGUUGUAAAACUUUUGAAAAAGCUGGAAAUGAACUUGGUUUUGUUGAACAAUCUGGAGAAGAUUCUCAAAAAAUGAUGCUUCGAUCAUUGGUUCAAUCAAGAUUAGCUCGAGCUGGACAUCAACCAACAAUUGAUACAUUUUUGAAAAUGUUCAAUGAUCAUGUUGAAAAAGGAACUGUUUUGCAUCCAGAUAUUCGAUUGGCUGUUUUUGGAGCUGCAGCUAGAUAUGGCGGAAAAGAUGGAUAUGAUAAAUUAUUGAAAAUUAGAGAAACUACUAGUUUUGGAGAAGUUGAUAGACAAUGUAUUGUUGCAAUGUCACAAACACCUGAUGAAACAUUGCUUGCACAAUUAUUCGAUUAUGGAUUCGGACAGGUUUAUAGUAUCGUUUUUUUCCCUAAUAUUCAUAUUUUCUUAUUUUCAGAACAAAGUUCGUCCACAAGAUCAAAUUUACUUGUUCUGUGGAACUGGUUCAACACAAAUGGGCUCCGAUUAUUCUUGGAAAUACUUUAAGGAGAACAUCAAGACAUUCUUGGACAAAUACGGCGGAGCCAAUUCAAGCCUCUUUCAAGAUUGUGUCAAAUAUACCGGAGAAAGUUUCGCAACUGAAGCCAAAGCUGUUGAAUUCCAAGAUUAUUACUGUAGUUGUCGACAAUUGACAGAUGUUGAUCGACAAACUUUGAACCGGCCAAUUGGACAGGUAUCUUUUUCUGUUGAGUUAGGAUAAAUCGCAAUUUCAAUGUUUGCAGACCGUCGAAUCGAUCCGUCUGAAUGCUAGACUUGUCGAUUUGAAUCGUGCUGCCAUUGAAACACUUCUUCAACUGCAUAAUCUUUAA